UCUCUCUCUCUCUCUCUCUCUCUCUCUUCUCUUCUCGUGCGUCUGUAAUCAUGGGAGCUAUAAAUUUUCUCUCUGACUAUAUAUCUGAUCAUUUCUACGUUUCAAUAAGAAAAAGGAAGAAGCGUAAAAUCAUGCAGACAGUGAAUAUAAAGGUGAAGAUAGACUGUGACGGAUGCGAACGCAAAAUCAAGAACGCAGUUUCCUCCAUGAAAGGAGCAAAAUCUGUGGAAGUGAAUAGAAAGAUGCACAAAGUGACGGUAAGUGGUUACGUGGAUCCUAAGAAAGUGUUGAAGAAAGUGCAGAGCACUGGGAAGAAGAAAGCUGAGCUAUGGCCGUACGUCCCAUAUACGAUGGUGGCUUAUCCAUACGCAGCUGGAGCUUACGACAAAAGGGCCCCACCGGGAUUUGUGAGGAAGUCGGAGCAAGCUCAGGCGCAACCAGGAGGUACAGACGAUAAGCUCAUGUCCCUUUUCAGCGACGAGAACCCUAACGCCUGCACCAUCAUGUGAAUUGAAUAAGUUCACCACGUGACGUUAUAACUGGUGUAACGUCUUAGUUAUAAAGUUGAUGUUGGAACCUUUUUUUUGUUAGUGUAUAGAAUCAGAAGCAAAGAAACUUAUAGACUAGUAGUUACCAAUACCAUAUAUAGAUAUGUAUCAGUUUCAUAUUGUUAUAUUCAUGUAUACAGUUUUACUCGUAUCUUAAUGAAUAAUUCAGCUUGUUUA